UAAGUUGGUAAAUCUUCACCCCACACAAAAUACACUUCCUCAUUCUCCUUGUUUGAGGCAAGCAAAGAGCUACCAUGGUCAUAAUUAGAACGUGCUUGCUGUUCUUAGUCUUCAUGGCUACAACAAAAACCGCUUUAAUGAAAGAACAGACAUACAUAGUUCACAUGGACAAGGCGAAAAUCACGGACUCAGAUCACCAACGGUACUACAAAUCUGUGAUCGAUUCUAUCACCACACUCUCAUCUCAAGCAGAAGAGGAAAACAAACCACCAACUCCUCAGCUCCUUUACACUUAUGAAACUGCUGUUUCAGGUUUUGCAGCAAAGCUAUCAGUCUCUCAACUCCGAUCCUUGAACCGAAUAGAUGGUUUCCUCUCCGCGACACCUGAUGAACUGCUAACUCUCCACACCACACACACUCCUCAGUUUCUUGGCUUACAAAACGGCAAAGGACUUUGGAGUGCUUCUAACUUGGCCUCGGACGUGAUCAUUGGCUUUGUCGAUACAGGGAUCUGGCCAGAACAUGUUAGCUUCCAUGACACAGGCAUUUCCCCGGUGCCCUUUCGUUGGAAAGGCACUUGUGAGGAAGGCACAAAGUUCUCAGUUUCAAAUUGCAACAAAAAGCUUGUUGGUGCAAGAGCCUUAUUCAGAGGGUAUGAGGGCAUUAUUGGCAGAAUCAACGAAACAGAAGAGUAUCGAUCUCCUCGUGAUUCAAGUGGGCACGGAACUCACACUGCUUCCACUUCAGCUGGAAACCUUGUAAGCCAAGCUAGCUUAUUUGGUUUGGCCAAGGGCUCAGCCAGCGGUAUGAAGCGUACCGCGAGAAUCGCAGCCUAUAAGGCCUGCUGGCAAUUCGGAUGUGCCAACUCUGAUGUAAUGGCUGCAAUUGACAGUGCUGUUGCAGAUGGGGUAGACAUUUUGUCGCUCUCUUUGGGAGGCACUUCUAGGCCUUUUUACAGAGACAACAUUGCUAUUACUACAUUUGGAGCAGUUCAAAAUGGAGUUUCUGUUUCAUGCUCUGCAGGCAAUUCAGGCCCUUCUGCUUCAAGUGUUAGCAACGGUGCACCUUGGAUUAUGACUGUUGCAGCAAGCUACACUGACAGGCGUUUCCCAACAGUUGUAAAGCUCGGGAAUGGGCAGAUUUUCAUAGGGACGUCUCUGUAUUCAGGUGAAAAAACUAAGCAAUUGCCACUAGUGUAUAACAGAACCGCAGGUAAUAGCCUAGGAGCUGAGUUUUGCUUUGAGGGUGCACUGGUUAAGAAGCUUGUAAAAGGAAAGAUUGUGGUUUGUGAGAGAGGAUUAUACAUGCCAGCAGGAACUGGAGAGAAGGUGAAGAAGGCAGGGGGAGCCGGACUGCUCUUACUCAACAGUGACGCCGAAGGAGAGGAACUUAUUGCUGAUCCUCACAUUUUGCCUGCCGCUUCUCUUGGAUCUUCGGCUGCUAAAGCCAUCAGACAAUAUGUGAUGUCAUCAAAGAAACCAUCGGCUUCACUUGUGUUCCAAGGCUCAGUCUAUGGCAACACUGCGCCUGUGAUGGCAGCAUUUUCGUCGAGAGGACCAAGUUCAGCUGGACCAGAUGUGAUCAAACCUGAUGUGACUGCACCGGGUGUGAACAUUUUGGCUGCCUGGCCACCCAAGCCUAGCCCAAGCAUGCUCAAAAGCGAUAAGAGAAGCGUGCCAUUUAAUAUAAUCUCAGGCACUUCAAUGUCCUGCCCUCAUGUUAGUGGCUUAGCCUCUCUUCUCAAGUCGGAACAUAAGAAUUGGUCACCUGCAGAAAUCAAAUCGGCACUAAUGACCACAGCUUAUACCAUAAACAACAAGCGUUCUCCAAUUUCUGAUGUUGGCUCGAAUAGUUCUCAACCAGCUAGCCCUUUUGCAUUUGGUUCGGGGCACGUUGAUCCAGAAAGUGCUGCUGAUCCAGGCCUAGUUUAUGACAUCACCACUGAAGACUAUCUGCUUUACCUCUGCAGCUUAAACUACAACUCUUCCCAAAUAGCUCUUUUCUCCAAUGGGGUUAAUUUCACUUGUCCUGGUACUUCAGUUGUUCAGUCUGGCGACUUGAAUUACCCUUCGUUCUCUGUAAUUUUCGACCAAGAUAGAAGGAAGACGAGUGUGACAUACAAGAGGACAGUGAAAAAUGUCGGUAGCAUUCCUAGUACUUAUGCAGUGCAAGUGAAAGAACCUGCUGGAGUUUCAGUGAGUGUUGAGCCUAAAACCUUGAGAUUUAAAAAGAUGGGUGAAAAAAUGAGCUACAAAGUGAGAUUUGUUGCCUUGGGUGGAGCAACUUCAACCAAUUCUUCCUUUGGAUCUUUAACUUUGGUGGCUGAGAAAUAUAGAGUUAGAAGUCCCAUAGCAGUACUCUGGCUAUAAGUUUUGGGGCUAAAACCACCAAACUUUUAUUAUUAGUGAUUGCAAGUUUUAAAGAAUUUGCUAGAACAUUGGUUGAUCCAUAGAACCUUGGUUUAUCUGCAACAAAACCCUACUACUUUAUGUCAUUGAUGGCUAUAGUUGAACUAAAAAUUAUCAAUAAGAACUUUCUAUGUUUAUCUGAA